AUGUUCUCUAGAUUAUUCUCCUAUCUGUGCAGUGGUCACUCUGCAAAGAAGGGAGAGCAACUUGCGGACUGGAAUGUCGAACUUCUUGCCACAGCAAAUUCAAAGCUUGCUUUACAGCUCCAAAGAGCAGAUAAAAAGAUCAAGAAUCUCAAGACUAGACUUGCAGAGUCCGAUCUACUUCUCGCACAUGCUCAGUCGCAUGUGGGAGAUUUCAAUUAUGCAGCUCUGCGGCUGGAGGACGAUCUCUCUGAGAUGCCUGCUGCCUUGCUGAAUUCAGAGGCCGACCGGCGCUUUAACUGGAUCGAUGAUAUCUGGAUAUGCACAGGCAAUGAUUACCUUAAAGAUGCAGAGGAAGUUUGGAAAAUUGGAGAUAUUGAAGCUGCACGGAGUACACUGGAGACUUCGCUCAUGGCCAGCUCGUGUAUAUCAGUAGCUGAAAUUCUCCAUUCUCGGGUCUUCCAUGCAGCUAUCCUGUAUGCCACCGGUAAGUACCAUGAAUCUCUUUGCCAAUUGGAUCGUGUGAUGAAUUAUGUCUCCACUCGAAGCGAAGUUCAGCAGCUCCGGUAUAAGGAUAUUGUUGGCACUGCAUUCUUCAUUGAGGCGAUGGAUUUCAUGGCAACGGAGAGGUUUGAAAGAGCCUACUGGUCAUUCUCGAGAUCUCUGCCACAUCCACAAUAUUGUCACAAAGCUCGGGAAUAUCAAAUCAAGGCUAUUGUGGAAUUUACUCGACAGCAAGCCUGCGAGGAUGGUGCGUCGGAUUCUCUCUCUCUUCGUCCUAUGAUCAGCCUGGGGGAGCACCUGCCAGUUCCAGCGGAUGUUGAUGACGACCCGUGUCAGUACCGAGUUUGGUGA